AUGUCUCUCUGUAGUGUCUGCAAAGCUAUCUCAUUCGCGGAUCUCCCACCCUUUCCCGAGGAAAAGCAUGGUAAUAUUCUCACCGGACUAAACUAUGUGCAUCCUCUUCGGCGGGAGAGAGGAUUCCCCCGCGAACCUACCGCUUCAAGCGUCAGGCAUCACAACAACAUCGAGCAUCUGCAAGGAGCAGCAGCAUCAGGAUGUGCACUCUGUGCUCUGAUUUGGAAUCAAUUGCAGCUUCUAUUAUCCGAGAUUGAGGGACUUGACAAAGAGACUAAAAAGACCUACGAGAUUUUCUACCGACCUACCGUUGACUUGUGGCUAGCAAGGCGUCCCUAUGGCGGCCAAGGCUUCUGGGUCUUGUCUGAAUCCAUUGGGAGCAGGGAUGAAAGAGAGAUUAUACCAAUCGCUGCGUUCAGUUUCGCAGUGUCGGGGGAUAACCCUCUGGCUGAUUCGAUUUAUGCUCGUCCGGUGCAGCAGAGUCCUGAGACCUACGCCCUUCAACAGUUGCUUGAAUGGGAUACACAAUGCAAGCAGCAUCGAGAAUGCUGCCCGGCCUCUAGAGCAGUUCCACAAUACUUGGUAGACGUGGGUUACUCAGAAUAUGAGGAGAGUGUAAAACUUGUUCAACUUGGCGCAGGAGACGCAGAAUACACCGCCCUCAGCUACACAUCAGACUGCAACAGCGAGGUCAAAUGGAGGCCCGACAAUUCCGAUGCUGAGAAAAAACCCAUUCUUAUCACAGAUCUGCCCAAGAUGUUUCGUGAUGCUAUACUUGUGACUCGCACAUUGGGCGUCCGGUAUAUCUGGAUUGACUCGCUAUGUAUUCCGGAAAAUGCCCCAGAGUGGGAAAGAGAUUCUGAAGAAAUUGGAUCCGUGUACGAAAACGCAUAUUUAACAGUGUCGGCCACAGGGGCUGAACAUUUGGCAGAUGGUCUCUUUUUCUCUCGACCAUCGCGAACCUCUAUUCAGGUUUUGUAUCGCUCAAGCGACGCAAGCGUCAACGGAAUGGUGUCAGUCUCUGUCCUGCCGCUCUCGAAAGAAGUGCUUCGAAGCUAUACUGAGAUGCAAAAUGAGCCCAUGUAUAAGAAUAUAUGGUCUUUUCAGGAGCGUGUGCUUUCACAAAGAGUCGUACACUUUGCCAGCGACCAGAUGUAUUUCGAAUGCCUGGGCCACUUUAGGUCAGAGGAUGGCCUGCUCCAAGGUGCGCGCUUUCACUCAAUAGUCAAAGAACUACAUUCCGGGCCGGAUUAUUAUCGUGAGCAAACUGCCUUAGACAGGUGGCAUUCAUUGCUACGGGCGUACGGGAAGCUCGAACCAAGUACGCCGUCUGAGAAGCUUCGGGCUCUGUCCAAUAUUGCAAGAGCGUUUCAACGCUUGCUGGGCGACGAGUAUGUGGCCGGAUUUUGGAAAGAGUCUCUCAUAGAGUCCUUGUGCUGGCAGUCUAUGGACUGUAAGCCGUUGUGUGGCUCUACUGCCCCGUCAUGGUCAUGGGCGCGAGUCAACGGUAUCGCGGUCGCGGGAUUCGGCCUCAGAUCAAUCUGCCCCAAAGCCACCAUUUCUGGUAUUCAGGUGACACUCGAGAAUGAUGCUAAGCCAUUUGGCAACGUGGCUUCUGCGUCGAUUGUGAUUGCCGCCCCCGUGGUUCCUUUGAAGUUGGUAGAGAAGGGUGGCCAAGGGCGCCACAUAUUUCUGCGGACCGAGGAUGGACAUGAAGACGGUUUCUACGCCGGUUUUGACUUGAUUGACCGGCUAUAUGAAGUAUCAGCGGAAGAGAUUCGGAACAGCAAGCUUUUUGCGCUGGUGUUGGCCAACACUCGGAGAGACGGAUGCCUGACUGGAACUUGUCACAUCGCAGUCAGCAUCUGGGCGCUUAUUGUCAGUCCUGUCGAUGAAUCGGCGGAUAGGAUGAGGCGUCUUGGGAUUAUCACAACCUCUCCAAAUCGGUUUGGGUCUUGCAGUUUGUUAAGUUUUCGCAGGACAGUCACUUUAGUUUGA